AUGACGAUUGAAAACGAAUACGAAUCGGACUCGGAGUUCAGUGAAGAUGCCUCUGAAAACGAGGAAGACGUUAAGAUGCGUGCUCUACUUGCAGAAUGGGAUGACAAGGACAUGUCCAAGGAUGACCUCUACGUAGACUCCGAUGAGGAUGAAGAAGAAGAUGACUCAGCAAUUGCCAAGAGAAAAGCGCUUCUAAAGAAUACUCAGGCUACCGAUGAUUCCGAUUCAGACCAGUGCGAAGCGGAGGCUUUCGUUGACGAAAGUUCCGAUUUGGCAGAUGCACGAGCGGCUGAAGACUCCGAAGUUGAAGAAGAAGUAGUUGAAGAAAUCGAAGAAGUUGAAGAAGAUGAGGAGGAAGACGAGGAAGACGAGGAAGACGAGGAAGAGGAGGAAGAGGAGGAGGAAGAAGAAGUAGCAAACGAUUUCGGGGGAAAAGACGGAGAUGGGUCUGAAUGCGAAGAGGAAGGCCAGGAAUCUGUCGUUGAUGACACAAAAAGCGUAGAUACAAUUUCUAUCGGCGAUGACAACGAGAAUGCCAUUGUUGAUCAGCUCAAGAAGAAGCCGAAGAAAAAACGCGAGAAGAAACCUCGGAAGAAGCUCACUGAGUCAGCUGAAGAAGAUACAGAGGAAGACGCAGCUAUGAAAGAGCUUUUGAAAACUUGGGACGCAGAUAUGGGUGUUAAGGAUGAGGAUGACGGUGACGACGACAGCGACGACGAUAGUGAAGCUAGUGAGCGUGAAGUCUUCUUGGAAGAAAAUGUCAUUGACCACAUUGUACUUGCUGCAUCCGAUUUGGAAGACGCCAUUAGCCAAUUUGAAAGAAAGACCGGAAUGAAGCCUGUGAUUGCUGGAACCAUCAAGGGUCUGGGCAUCAAGUGUGCCCGUGUUUCCUUUACCGACGCUACUUAUAUUGAAAUUAUCGCCCCGGACCCGAAAGGACCUGGGCCCAUCGGCGAGCUUAUCAAGAAUAAGAAAAUUGAUGAUCUCACGCCUUUCCACUUUGCUAUCCGAACGAGCCGUGCAGAAGCUCUAAAAGAAGAAGUGACUAAAUGGGGCUACACACCGGAUCACAUUACAAUGUUUGGGGCAAAACCUGACGGUACACCACGGAAAUGGGAGAUGCUCUACCUAUAUGGUCACAAGAUUGGUGGCAUUUGUCCAUUUUUUAUCAACUGGGCGAACUCAGAUCAUCCAUGUGCGACUCUUCCAGUUGUGGGAAAGCUAAAAAAGGUCUACGUUCGGGCACCUGAGAAUGAUCCAAUGCACCAGCUUCUAGCACAUGUUGGCGUCAAGGGACUUGAAAUUGAAGUUGGCAAACCCAAGUUUUCUUGCAAGUUUGCGAGUCCAGAAGGAAGCGUCAAGUUCUCUUCCGACAAAUGCGUUGGGUUCAAAUUCCCAGGGUUUGAAGCAGACGUUGGUUCUAUCCCUGGAGAUAACGGUGAACAAGAUGCUGAAGUUGUCUUCGAAGAUCCCAAGCUUCCCGAGCUGCUUCCAGUGGAGGAUAUAGAAUACGAUGAUAUCCCAGAGGCAGCGUAUUGA